GAGCAAGGCUGCGGUGCCGCAGACGCCGUCGCUCCCCUAUUCCUGCGCAUUUGUGCCAGCAGUCGUGUCACUUCUACUGCUACUGGUGCUCCGUGCAAGCAGCCGGGCCGCGGGACGCCUCGUCGGGCUGCACACAAGUGCCAUCGCUGGGCUGCAGCAGCGCACUCACGCCUGCAGCAGCGCUAAAAGAGCGCUAAAGAUGGCCGACGCCGACGCUACCGCAGCAACCGACCUCGCGGCACUCAUAGCAAAUGCACCGGACGGCGACGGCGCCGCGCCCGACGCCGAGAGAGCGAAGCAAUUACGAGAAGCGCUCAAGCGCGCGCACGAUCGCGCCCUCGCGCGGAGCCGCGCGGCCGCGGCCUCGGCGGCGCUGCUCGGCGACCAUAGAAGGGGCGCCCAGGUGUCGGAGCUCGUGUUAGGCGACGCCGAGACCGUUUGGCAGCAGCUGCGGUUGCGGGGCCGCGACGGCGACCGCCACGCCGUCGCCGCGGAGCACUAUUUACAGAGGCAGGCGGAGGCCGCUGAUGAUGAUGACGAGGCGAGCGACGGCGAGGAGGAGGCCGAGGCCGACGACGAGGCCGCCGCCGACGAUGCGGAGAGCGAGUCCGCGUCGUCGUCCGCGUCCUCGUCCUCGGAGGAGGAGAAUGACGCGGAAGAGGAGGAGGACGAGGACGAGUGGGCGGACGAUGUCGAUGAGGACGACGACGACGACGACGAACACGAAGGCGCGGGCAUCGAGGAGGACCGCUUCUUCAGCCUGGCGGGCAUGGAGGAGUUCGUCGCCGAGGACGAGGCUAUUAUUGCGGCGGGGCCGUCGCCCCAGAACUCGGACUCGGACUCAGAUGAAGACGAGUCCGACGAGAGCGACGACGGCUGGGCGGGUUCAGAGGACGAAGAAUGGGGGAGGACGGCGAAGUACUCCGACUUCUUCGACGACGAACCGAAGAAGAAGAAGAAAUCAAUCAACGAGAAACAUCGGAAGGACAUCGAAGCGCUGGAGCAAGAUCAUAUAGUUGAUCCGUCCGAGCGGCCGUGGGAACUAAGGGGCGAGGUCCAGGGCAAGGAUCGACCUCGCAAUUCAUUAUUAGGCUUGGAUGCGACGUGGGACGGCGUGUCGAAGGACCCGCCGCCGCUAGACGCGGCCUUUGGGUUGCGGAUCGAGGAGGUCAUCAAGGAACGAGUUCUCGCACAAAAUUUUGAUGAUAUCGUGCCCCAGACCGUGGUCGAGCAGGCUUAUCGUGAGCGGCGGUCGGGUAAGGUCGAGGAUCAGGACGAUGGUGCGCUCGGCCAGAAGUCAAAGCUAGGGUUGUCUGAGGAAUAUGAGAGGGACUACGUGGAAAGGCAAGAAAAUGGGGAGAAAUCUGAUAAACCUGUGCGAGAUGAAGCACUCGACGAGAAGUGGCGGAAGCUCGCGUCUCGGUUGGACGCGUUGUCUCAUUUUGCUUCACCUUUGGAGCGACCGGCUCUCGACGAGGAAGUCGUCGCGGCUCGAACCAAGGCCUCGGCCGUGCAGCUCGAGGAGGCGACGCCGGCGGCCCACACUUCGGAGGAAGGCUUAGCGCCGGAGGAGGUGCGCGCGAAGAAGCGGGGUAGAGAGGAGUUGCAGCGGUCCCAGGAGGAGGCGACGCGCGACGAGAGAAAGGCUCAAAGAUUAGCGAAGAAGAAGGCGCGGAACGCGAAGCGCAAGAAGUUGCGGGCCGACGCGCGUAUUGUGGCCAAGGUCGCGCCGGACCUCAAGAACCCCUACGAGGCGAAGCGAGUUGUUAGAAGGGUGCAGCAGGCUUCAGAAAGUUCGGACCAGGGGAAGUACGGCCGGUCGGGCAAGUUCUUCGAGCAGCUCCAGGAGGAGGUUAGGAGGGAGGUGCGCGGCGACGCCGCGCCGGCGCCCAAGAAGAAACGGCCGGCGAGGGCGUCGGCGGCGAAACUUGGGUAAGUUGUUUAGUCCAGACAG